AUGGCCGUUCUUGUAGACGCUUCAUCGCUGGACGACAAUUCAGCUAGAGACCUGUCGUCGCCGAUAGACGCCGAGCCAUCCGGCAGACAAAGGGAAGAGAUCGAGUCAUUAGCUCAACCCGUGGCUAUGGAAACACACCCAUCCCUGGCAAUCGUAGACGACAAGAUGCACAUUCAUUCGAAGCAGGAGAGGGAGGAGCAGCUUGUUGACGAGGAAAAUCCCAACGCUGUCUGGGAAGCCUUCAGGGACGACGACGGGAACGUUUAUUUCUAUAACAAAGUCACAAACGGGACUCAAUGGGAGCGACCGGAAGGGUUCGAUGGAGAGCCUGAUGACGAUUGA